AAGCCUUUAGUGAGCUUGUUUUGAACAAUUUCCCCAAGCUUUCGGAUAUGGAAGAACAUUGCAACAUAUCGAAGAAGUCAGUCGUGUGGAAGCAUUUUAAGUCAAUUCUAGGGGAAAACGCAGUCAUUUGUCUCUAUUGCAACAGGAAAGUGAAAUUAUAUGCCUCGAGAAGCACAACUCCACUGAAUGUCCAUCUAAGAAAUCGACAUCCGUCGGUGUUGCCCUUGAUUCGGUACAGGAUAGGCAACGAAUCGAGAAAAAGGUCAAUUGUGUGGAGGCAUUUUAAGUUAAUUUCAGAGGGAAACGCAGUCCUCUGUCUCCACUGCAAGACAAAAUUCAAAUUCUCAGCCUCGAGAACAACAACUCCCCUGCAUGUCCAUUUACGAAAUCGACAUCCGUCCGUGUUGCCCUUGGCCCAGUCCAGCGUACAUCGCAGCGUAUCGAGAAAAACGUCAAUUGUGUCGCCCUUGGUUCGGUCCAGGAUAUAUGGCAACGAAUCGAGAAAAAGGUCAAUUGUGUGGAGGCAUUUUAAGUUCAUUCCAGAGGAAAAAGCAGCGCUCUGUCUCUACUGCAAAAAGAAACUCAGGAUAUCAGCCUCGAAAACAAGUCCACUGCAUGCCCAUCUAAGAAAUCGACAUCCAUUUGUGUUGUCCGGUGAACUUCAUCAUUCACAGGUUGUCUCAGAGUCAGAAGAGAAGGUGUUGGAAUCUGAACGAGCAUCAAUUGACCCCGCUGACUCCAACCAACUUCUAAAGUUACAAGUGCAGAAACUUCAGAAGAGUCUGGAGGAGAAAGAUAAAGAGGUCACAGAGACAUAUAAGUCUUUCCAGCAGAUCAUUCAAGCUCUUCAGGAGAAUGUGAAGUCCAUGAAAGAACAGCUCACUCAGCAGACGGGAAAGCAUCAGGGUGCAAGACAAGGGAGACUUUUCGACUUUUCAGUGCCGCCAGUUGCAGCGUCAUCCCGGCACAAUCAGCCUCGUUCGUCCGUCCAUGAUGAGGCGUGUGAGGACCGCCCCCUGCUCACCCUGUCCUGCACCUCUGAGCCCAGUUCUCCUGGUCUUGAUGACACAGAGGGGUCGGCACAGAGGUCAUCCAAGGACCAGGAAGUCAUUAUUGCUGGCCAGCAGACUCCUACAGAUGCUGUCAUCAGUGACGACAUUUUGGUGGAAAAGAGGCAUUGUCGUCAAGACAACAAGGAAGAUGAAGACCGUAAUCAUAACAAAGAUGAAGUCUCGGAUUAUUAUCCUGAAAUGGACCCGGAUCACAGACCAGAAGAUGAGGACGACCCUGAUGACCCUGGGGAAGAUUUUGGUGAGUCAAAUUACGAGGGAGAGGAUAACGAAGAUGAAAGGGAUAUCGGUGGUAGUGAUGAUAACAGUGACAUGCGGAAAGGCCUCGAUUGCAACCUUGAAGAUGAUGGCAACAGCAAUGACAACCCUGAUAAUCAGGUCUGGCUGUCUUCCUCGAAGGACAGCAACAACAUCUCACCCACAGAUGACUUGGAAAACAAGACUGGGGAAGUUUAUUCUUGCACCCUGUGCAACGAGAUGUUUAGAAAAGUGUACUACGUGAAACUGCACAGGUUAAUCCAUGAUAAAGGUGCCACCCUGAAUCAGUGUCUCUCUGAACCCAUGAAGUACGUGAGAGUAGUUCAACCCCACACAUGUGAAGUGUGUGGAGAGGAGUGUAGCACAUCAGAGGGUCUCCACAUUCACCAAAGACUACACGAUGAAGAACAUGGCCACUGCGAGGCCUCUGAUGCCAGUGGACAGAAAUUGUACAAGUGUGGAAAGCGUGACGAGUCUUUCGACCACUCGACCGAUUCCUGCCCCCGCCAGGAAGCGCACCUGGACGAAAGGCCGUGCGAGGUUUGCUCUGGGUGCCAAAAGACCUUCGCGCAUCCCGCCGAUCUCGGCACUCACCAAAAACGUCACUGCGAGAAAAGGCGGACCGAGGCUGACCCGCCCCGUAAACCGAGGCCGUGUCUCUGCGACACCUGCGGCAAGGCGUAUGAAAAUUUGAGCCAUUUGAAGAGGCACGCCAUGGUGCACACGGGAGAGAGGCCGCACAAGUGUUCGGUUUGCGACAAACGCUUUCGCUUCCACUUUACCUUAAAACAGCACAGCCUCAAGCACUCGGAAAACAGUCCUUUCAUGUGCCACGUAUGUGGCAAGGGAUUCACGAGGUUGCAACAUGUCCAAAAACACACGAGGGUUCACACCAAGGAGAAACCCUACCGCUGCUCGUUUUGUGCAAAGGACUUUGGUUACCAGGAGUCACUGUACGUUCACCACAGACGAUUUCACUCUGUCUAAGGGCAAUAAGGACUACACACAUCUGCAGUGCAGAGAAAUGUACAACCUCGGGAGACUUGAUCGCACAAGAUCACAGACUACAUGGUGUCUACGACUACCUCUCGAUAAAGCAUGGACGUUUCAAAGCCCUCAUAGUCUUCCAAGGAUGUUUAUUCUUUUGCAAAGUCGAACUCUCUCAAGAGAGGCAUA